AUGUCUGACCCAUACGUUGAAAAGGCCACCAACGACAAGUUGACCCCCCAGCAGAAGAUUGAUGGCCUGAAGGAGAUUUUGGACAUCACCAAGACUGGUAUGCUCACUACUCGCGGCACCAAUGGUGAACUUCACUCGAGAGCCAUGGCGCCCGCCUCUUUGGAUGGCCUGCACUUUACUUUUAUCGUCAACAACCAGAGCCAUAAAACUGACGAAAUGGAGUCUGAUCCACAUGUCAAUGUCUCUUUCUUUGACCCCGGUUCGAACCACUGGGUGAGCGUUGCUGGAACGGCCAAAGUCCUUCAGGACAAGAAGCGUGCAAAAGAACUCUGGAACCCAUUCGUCUCAGCCUGGUUUGGGGACCUGGGCGAUGGCGUUCACAAGGGCGACUCAGAGGAUCCUAGAGUUAGUUUAAUUGAUAUUACUCCGACUGAGAUCCGAUACUGGUAUUCUACCCGUACCAAGGUUGGUGCUGCCGUUGAGGUGGCUACAAGCGCGAUCACUGGCAAAGUCGCAUCCCCCGGAGAACUUCGUACCAUAACUCCUCAGGAAACCAUAUUCGAACGCCCGGCAUCUGCAGAGAACGAAGGAUCGAGAAACCAAUGGGACGAUGACGAAGAUGAUUAUGAACUGAAUCCGCCGCUUCAAUUGCUAAACGAGACUCCUGCUCCGAAACGAGUUAUGCCGGAACCCGAGGACGAACCCGAAGAGCCUGAGGAAUACGGAGAGGAUGACGGAGAUAUGACCUUGUCGCAACUGGGAAGGUCAUCUAGACGCAAUGAAUCCGUUUUGGAUGAAGGGGAAAUGUCGAUUCGUACACCACAAAGGAACACGCGCAAUAUGCCCGAGUCGCCCCCGCCAUCUGUGUACUCUCGUUCGCGAACUGCCGCUGAGAGACGGGAGGAGCAACUUCACGCCGCUUUGUUUCAGCUUCGGAAGAUUAAUUCAGUACUUGGAGACUACGUCGGUGCUUUAGAAGCAGUAGAUGCAAAUACUGAGCGACUGGAACGACAAGUCGAGCGAACUAAUGCUAUAUUGGAUCGCUAUGUGAGGAUGCUCGAUCAGCAGGAGCAAACAAGCAAGCUUUAUUUGACGAAGAGUGGCGCGGAGGUGAAGCGGCCAAAUUGGAGCGUGAGCGGAAAGAAAGAGAAGAAAGAGAGAGACAGGAGCGUGAAGAAAGAGAACGAGAGGAGGCCGAGAGGGUCCUUGCUGAGCAAGAAGCUCGUGAACGAGCUGCUAAAUCAACCAGUACCGCGCGUGGACGAGGGAAUAGAGGCACUGUCACUCGUGGAACAGCUCGUGGACGAGGAGCAGCUGGGACAACUGCAGCUGGAAGAGGGACUUCUUCUACUUCUGGCACCUCGAGCAGGAUAG